AUAAUAAAAGCAAUUGCAACGGUAUUUCAAGUUCAACACCAAUAACGCGAAGACAGCAAUACUGAAAAAAAAUCACAUGCCCAUCCUAGCAACCACCCCCACAUCCCUGCCUGCCGCGGACGCCUGUGAUCGCGCGUGACAAUGACCGCUAGAAUUCCAGAUCCCAAAAUGCUUUAUUAAUCUCGAGAGAAUUCUAGCGUAGAGGAAGAGCGUGCCUUUCGACUCCGCAGGGAGCGGCAGAAAAUUCGUGUGUCGUCUUUUAUCGGGGACAGAUCAGUCCGAGCAGCUUGUCGCUCUUGAUGAAUUAGUGAGGCUUCUUCAGGCCACUGAGUACAUUGCUGCAGGUCUUUGACACCCUCGCAAAUAUGAGGCAGACGUUAGAAGAUAGACCUGAAGCACGAAAAGAAGCGACUGAAAGGUAUCUGCAGAAAGUGGGAGUAAAAGUACUGCCAACGACGGAUUCGGCUGUAGCGGAGGCAAUGACAAUGUACCAAUCAUUCUCUGCCAGCAGACGACGCAACAGAUCUUCAACCAAUGGACUUGAUACAAAUGAAAAGGGCCAGCUGGGACAGUGGGGCAGGGCCUGGGAAGUGGACUCAUUCUCUCUGGUGAGCAUCCUCUUGUUGCUGUGCUUUGCCCCUUUCCUUGUUUUCUACUUUGUCAUGGCCUGUGACCAGUAUCAGUGUUCAUUGAUGGACCCCUUAAUGGAGGUUUACACUGGAAAGACCACCCCUUUGGAGAUCUGGAAUCGGGCAGCUUCCUUUAGCUGGACUGCAGCAAAAAUCUACGCCAUCUGGGUCUCUUUUCAGGUUGUGCUGUACAUGUGCCUGCCAGAUUUAUGUCACUAUUUUCUGCCAGGAUAUGUGGGUGGAGCACAAGAAGGAGCACGCACACCAGCGGGAAUCAUAAAUAAAUAUGAAGUCAAUGGUUUACAGUCAUGGCUAAUCACGCAUGUCAUCUGGUUUGCGAAUGCCUAUUACUUUAAGUGGUUUUCUCCAACCAUUAUUUUUGAUCACUGGAUUCCUUUGCUGUGGUGCACAAAUAUCCUGGGCUAUGCUGUCUCUGUGUUUGCCUUUGUCAAAGGAUACCUGUUCCCUACCAAUGAAAAAGACUGUAAAUUCACUGGAAACAUCUUUUAUGAUUUUAUGAUGGGCAUUGAAUUUAACCCUAGGAUUGGCAAGUGGUUUGAUUUUAAGUUAUUUUUCAAUGGACGGCCUGGAAUCAUUGCAUGGACACUCAUCAACUUAUCGUAUGCAGCCAAGCAGCAGGAACUGUAUGGUUAUGUGACCAACUCUAUGAUCUUGGUUAAUGUUCUUCAGGGUAUCUAUGUUGUGGACUUCUUCUGGAAUGAGGCUUGGUACCUAAAGACCAUCGAUAUCUGCCAUGAUCACUUCGGAUGGUACCUUGGAUGGGGUGACUGCGUUUGGCUUCCCUUUCUCUAUACUCUACAGGGUCUUUAUCUUGUCUAUAACCCUGUCCAGCUGUCAACAGCUAAUGCCAUAGGGGUUCUACUGUUGGGACUUGCUGGCUACUACAUCUUCAGGAUGACCAAUCACCAGAAAGAUCUUUUUCGGCGAACAGAUGGCAACUGUAAGAUCUGGGGCAGGAAGCCUGCUUACAUUGAGUGCUCCUACUCUUCAGGUGAUGGAGCGAAGCACAAGAGCAAACUGAUGAUUUCAGGUUUCUGGGGAGUGGCCCGGCAUUUCAACUAUACUGGUGAUCUGAUGGGCUCCCUGUCCUACUGCCUCACCUGUGGCUUUAACCACUUGCUGCCUUAUUUCUAUAUCAUUUAUAUGACUGUGCUGCUUGUGCAUCGUUGUAUCCGGGAUGAACACCGUUGUUCCAGCAAAUACGGUAAAGACUGGAAACGCUAUACUGAUGCUGUGCCAUGUCGGCUGAUACCUGGAAUUUUUUAGGACAUGCUGUUUUUUUAAUUAUUCAUUUUACAUAAAAAUACAAGUGUGUGCCUACCCUUUAAAACCCCUUGAGCCUCAGCCUCACAAGAAAAUUGAGUCGAGUAAACAGAAACACUGCCCUUUGUAUGGCACACUGAAGUUUUCCUACUUUUGUAGCGUGACAGCUCUUCACAUUUCAAAACAGUCUGAUCAAGGAAGGAUACUUUGAGUUUGGUUAAGUAAUGUAGCUAAUAAAAAGAAAAAAAAACCAUGGUAUUUACAUUUAAGAGAUUCACAAUUGGGAAAGCAAAGACAAUUCUGUUGUCACUCCAUAAGAUUUUGACUAGUGAUGAGUGAAAUGAUUCACAUAUAAAGUCAUUAUUUUGCUGGGAGAAAAAUGAGCAAAAUAAACUGCAUAUUGCUUUCAAAGACAUUCAUACCACUUACACAAUAUGAGAGGCAUUUGGUUCCUGUCUGGAAGCAUUUUCAUGCAUUAAUUCUACAUGUGUCUGUCUGUCAUUUAGUAUUUACAGUAUAUAAAAAGAGAGAAUAACCAGAAGUGUGCAUAUCAUUAACUAGGAUAAGGCGAGUGCUACGUUCAGGGCCUGAGGAUGUUGCCGGUGUAGAAAACAAAGUGAUAUGCACAAUGGUGCCUUUUAGUGUUUCUUUGUGUGAAAAAUAUGCAGUUACAUGUUUAAACAACGCACUGCGCACCUCUGCAUUGAGGUGAAUGACGGGCAUAAAUAAAAUUAAUUUUGCCAGGAUUGUACAUGCCUUAUAUAGCUUGAGAAAAAAAAGAAAAACAUGUAUUGGGUUCACAGUUGCACAAAGUACGCUGAGAAAAGUUCUUUUAACCUAACCACACUUUUAUUCUUGAACUUAAAGGAACAACUUUAGGGUCCUUUAAGGACUCACUAGUUUGACUCUAGUUCUGUGGGUUUCUGACAAUUAAAAGAAUUCAAAGGUGUUGUCUUCAUCACUAUAGAGCUGCAGAGAAGUGGGACCACGAGCACAACAGACAGUCUUUAAGGGAGGAAAGCCAGCCAGGGAGUGAACUGUUUGAACUGGCAAGUAACAAACUUAAUCAGGUUUUUGCUACCGUGAGAUGUGAGGCUUGCAAAUUUUAGUGUCGGUUUUGCAAAUCGGUAGGUGAAUAAAAACUUGUCCAUUUCGCUCAUCACUGAUGCUGACCUUAUAUCAGGGAUUCAUAAGCCAUUCCAUUUUUGUCUAACCUGUCAAGAUCAAUACGAAGCUCCUCAUAACCUUUACGUAGCACAUUGACAAGGAGUAUGAGGCUGGGAUGAGUUAAAAGAAUUGAUAGCUCAAAAUAUCUAAAUAAACCAAAAUCUGACAGUCAUUUACAAACAAGUUCAAUGUUGCCUGUAUGGGAGUUGAGCUGUUUUCUCACUUUUUGAUGUGUGUAUUUUCUAUGUCUAGGUUAAUGAGUGCUCUCCCAGCCAACAUCAAGAUAACUAAGCAGAUGAGCUUGAUAGACAUAAUGGUCUUUCUCAUUUGUCCUAUGCUUUUAUGGAAUAAAAUGGCAUUUGGCAAUGAUCAUGCAGCAUGACGCACAUUUAGCACUCAAGACAUUUCCUGAAUAAUUAUAUUUUAUAUUAUUGUUCCUAUAGUAAUUGAUAAUGUAGCAAACAGAUAAAUGUGUGAUGCCGGUGGAUUCUAAAAUGAAGGCAUAUGAAAUGAGAAGGAAGAAUAAAUUGCUACAAUAAUUGUAACAUUGUUUUAGGACAUCCUCUGUGUGCUAUGCUUAUAUCCCCAGGGGGCUUUUCUGUGAGAUCACAAAUUCAGAAGUGUUAAUUACAAGCUGUGGGGAAGUUUUGACAAGACCUGUAUGGAUGUAUUUGCCAAGGGUCAUUGAAAAUCAUUUGAUUGAUGUUUUAGUUGAAUAGAUUGGUUUGUGACUGAAAUGAUUUUUGUUUACAUAAAAAACUAAAUAUGCACACUGUAAUAGUGAUAUGACUGAAUAGCACUGUAACACCCACGACAGGUGGUGGCUGUCUUACUUUUUGGUAGCCUUUAGAUUCAUUAACUCUUUGUCCAUUUUAAUUCAAUUCAAAUUCUUGAUUAAUUUGUAACUUGUACUGCCUUGCUUUAUACCCUAAAAAUUCGAAAAUACCCAAAGAAUACUUUUUUCCUACUUUUCUAGAAAACAAUGGGAAUGUUUUUGCACUUGUGUAUUGUAGCAACUUUAGCACACACAGAUGCAAAUAACAAUGAACUGGCUUUUUCUGUCAAACAAAUAUGAACUAUGUGCCCCCUCUAACCCUGAACUGGAUUACGUGGGUUUGAGAAUGUUUUGUCGUGUCGUGUUAUGUGUGCUAAUAUAAAUAAAAUGAACCGCCACGACCCUAUUUGUGAUGG